CCCUAGGGCUGCUUCCCUCAGUGUCCGCUUGGACUCCGUGGCAGUAGGUUGUGUGUGUCGAUACCUGGUGUGUGCGCCUGAGCUGUGAGACCUGAGUGAGGAAAUGUUUAGCGACGUACAAUAACGUUAUUUAACUCUUAACCCUGACAAUGUUUUGAUGUUAAGGAGAACUGUUUUAUAGUGCGUGGGCUAGAGAAGCCUUGGAUUACUACCUGUCGGAAAACUUUGAACGAAUCUCAGCUUUCACUUUGAUGAGAAGAGAAUGAUCAUAUGUUAACUAUUAAUAAUAUAUUUGCUCAAAAUAUAGAACUAUAAGUACGUUUAGUAUCCAGAUAUAUUAACGUGUAUAACAGUCUACGUAAAUUACAUAGACAUACACAAUAGAGCCAAAAUAUAAGUAGACGUUUUGAGUGUGGAUAUUAAAAGCCAUUAUAAGACACCUAAGACAUAGUGAACUGUCUUCGAGGAUGUGACAAAGACUCAACAUUCUCCCAGUGAGAGAACACACGACCCUGAGAUAAGAGAGAUAAGGAAGAGAGACACCGACACACAAGUAAGAGGAGGAAGAGGUGUGAAGGAUGGGAGAGGGAGUGAGAGUAGUGGUGGUGGUGAUGCUGUUCCACCUCUCCCACCAGAAGCUCCCCUCCCAUGUUGGUCUUAAUGGCUUAGAGGACAGUCCCCUGACGGAGGUGAGGGCGGUGGAGGGCGGUCGGGUCCUGCUUCCCUGUAACAUGGAACCUCCCUUGGCCAAUGACUCGACCCACCUGGUGCUCUUCUACCACGGCGACGUCGGUACACCCAUCUACAGUUUAGACUCCCGGAGUGUGAGCCUCGAACAAGCCAGCCAUUGGGCGGAUGAUGACCUGGGUGGUCGUGCUUAUAUGAGACUGGAGAAAAGCCUUCGAGGAUUACUACUGGAAGAGGUGCAGCUGAAGGACGAGGGAGAAUACCGAUGUCGAGUUGACUUCCUAGAAUCCCCCACUAGGAACCUGAGAGUGAGACUACAAGUCAUAGUCCCCCCUCGGACACUCGCCAUCACCACUGACCACUUCCGCGAACCCAGCGUUAAGGGGCUGGCUGGACCUUUCCCGGAGGGGGCCGAGGUCACGUUAUCCUGCCAGGUCAUAGGAGGUCACCCUCGACCUCAGGUGGCAUGGUGGCACGAGGGGUCACUCCUAGACGACGUGAGCGAGGUCAUGACGGGUCAGGUCACCAGGAACGCCCUCUCGCUGCCUCCGCUGACCCGAAGUGACCUCAACAAGACCUUAACGUGUCAAGCCGCGAACUCUGACCUCACCAUACCCCUGUCAGAGGCUGUCACGAUAGACAUGAAGUACCCUCCCACGUCAGUUCGGCUGGUGGCGGGGUCAGAAGGUCAGGUUACGUUGACGGAGGGCGUAGGGCGAGCUUUGACCUGCGAGGGGAGAGGAGCUCGUCCUCCCGCACGCCUUCAGUGGUGGAAGAAUGGCUCCCCCCUCGGCCAUACCACCAUGGUGGAGAUCGAGGGGGAGGUGUCACGCUCCACCUUGACCUUGACUCCAGACUCGGGAGACAACGGGUCACUGCUCACCUGUCGAGGGUUCAGCCCUGGCCUUCCCGAUCUUGUCCUUGAGAACUCCACCAAGAUCACCGUGCUCUAUAAGCCUCAGUUGGUGUUGCAGCUCGAUCCUCACCUGGAUUUGGAAGACGUUGAGGAAGGUGAUGAUGUGAUCUUCAGGUGUUUGGUGAGCGCGAACCCUGCCGUCACGGGUGUCCAAUGGGCCCACAACGGUGUUCCUCUUCAGAACAACUUGACUCAGGGUGUUCAUGUGAGUUACGACACCUUGGUCCUCCAGGGCGUGACGAGAGCCUUCACGGGCACCUACACCUGCGCCGCUGCCAACCCGGAGGGGGCACGCACUUCUGACGCCCUCCAGAUAGCUGUUAAGUUCCCCCCUACGUGCGCCGAAGGUCAGCAGACUGUGUACGGCGCGGCCAGGCACGAGCAACUACACGUACCCUGCCACGUGCAGUCGUACCCCGAACCCAUCUCAUUCAGGUGGGCGGUGAACACAUCAACAGGUGUGGUGGACGUGGCUCUCAACCUCUCCAGCAGCAGCGGGAACAAAUCCACUGUCCGCUACACCCCGCAGACUCACCAUGACUUCGGCCACCUGCUGUGUUGGGCCCAGAACGACAUCGGCUCUCAGCAGGACCCUUGUGUCUUCCACGUUAUACCCGCAGCCAAGCCAGAGUCUGUAACGGAAUGUCGAGCAGAGAGGAACGCGACUAUGCCAGCUACGUAUGUGGUGAUGACGUGUCUGCCAGGGUGGGACGGCGGGCUGAACCAAACCUUUACCCUGGAGGUCCGUCAGGCAGCCAAGGAAGAGGUGUUGGAGGCCUUCCGUCAUGCACCAGACCCUCUCUUCAUCAUCACAGGACUGAAAGUGGGCGUGGAAUAUCUACUGACGGUGACAGCGGCCAAUUCCCGUGGCUCUAGUCCCCCGUUGACCAUCACCUACACUGCCAGCGCCGCCUCUGCUGAUAAGGUCGUCUCUCCUCACGCCCACAACGCCUUACUAUCCAUCACGCCCUUCCUGGUGCUGCUGGUGGGCGUCCUGGUGGCGGUGUCGGCUUGUGUGGGCGUGGGCGUGAUCCUGGCCAAGAGACAGAGGCGGAGGAAGAGCGGCGCCAAGAUACUCUAUGCUGGGCCUCUUAAGGACGGCCAGGAGAACCAUGAUGUCCACACCAUUGUCUGUGUUAAUAGAGAAUGUGAAAAGGAAGAGUUAAUGAAGAACUCGGUGUGCGGUGGUACAGUGGGAAGCUUUUACGUGAACCCGUCCACCCUCCUGAAUAACUCGGGCGUGGCAGCCCUGGAGACAGACGUUCUCCUGAGAGAGAGGUCUGCGCCCUUGGCCUCGGUGGACUCCCUCGGCAGGUGCUCCACGCCCUCCUCCAUCUGCACCAACACCUCCAAGACGACCUCCUCCAGAUCCUCCCGCGCCUCCUCCUCCACCGUAGCUCUCAACCCAGACUACCUGGCCAAGGACCCCGACUUCCUGGUCAAGACACCUGAGUACCUGGUGGCCAAGGAUCCCGAUUUUUUUGCCAAAAAUCCAGAAUAUUUUGUGGUCAAGAAUCCGGAUUACUUGAUGACCAAGAGUCCAGAGUACUUGUUGGCCAAGAGUCCAGAGUACUUGGUGGCCAAAAGUCCAGAGUACCUGGUGGCCAAGAGUCCAGAGUACUUGGCCAGAGAAGAUAGAUUCCACGAAGUUUCCGUCGGUCCUGUGGUUCACAUGCACAAGGAGAGUUCCGUCUAGUGAGGUGGCCAGCAGGAGUCAGAGAGGCGUCUUCAGCAGCUGUAUCAUCAACAGCUGCAGUCAAGUAUCAAAUUUAGUUAUAAUCAAGACGAACAGCGGCAGCAGCAGCAGCAGCAGCUGCGGUGAUUGCAGUAAUAACUGCAGCAGCUUAAGCCUCGGCAAACCCCGCGACUUCAAGCAUUACAAAUGAACUUUUAAUUAAGUCGCCCGAUGGGGAACUCGGGCUGAAUUCCAAGUUGCUGUGAAUUGUUGUGACGAACGUUUCUCUUGUGCGGGUGUAACAAACGUUUGUGUACAUUCCUGGACCAACGUUUCUUUGUUCUUGUGAGGGUUUACACACAUGAGUGAUGUUUUGUUGUUAAACCUGUGAGAACAAAAACAGUGUUAGAUGUUACGAUGUUCUCUUGUGUUAUCAUAAUGUUGUUUACAGAAGUGUUAUAUCAAACUGUACUAACCUUAGUGGUACAGAGCCUUAGCAAGAUAAGACCCCGAGAACCAGUGAAAGGCUUUAAUAGGACCCUGGAUUUUCAGGGAUGGGACUUCAAGGGGCUUAUCUGUUUGUUGACAUUGCCAGUGAUGAUGUAAACAAGACCUAAAAGUGAGAAUCAUGUGUUAACUGUUGUUGUUUGUAGCGUGAAGUUAAUCCUACAUGACCUUGGCCACUAUAAAGACGAGUAGUUGUACUUGUGUGUGACCUCGGUGUGAAAAUGAGGCAAUAUUAGAAUAGAAAAAAGUUACACAAUCUGCAGCCUCCACGGAAAGGAAAUAACUAAGAUUGUUUAACAGACAGAGGCCUUGGUGUGAUUAUGUUAAAUAUUGACCUUGGUAAUUUUGUUCUCUGUGUUGGUAGUGACUGUAGGUGAAAAAAAAUAUGUAGUUUACCUUCUCCUCCAAAAGUGACUGUAUGAACAGUUCACUUUUCUUAACCCCGGUUCAUGGGGAGUGCGAAAAUAGACAGAUUCUGUCUUGAAAGUUCGACAGAAUUUGUGACUUGACAUUUCAGUGGGAGACUUCUUUUCUUCAAGACACAAGAAUUUCUAAGAAAUUUAAGCAUAUCAUUGAAGUUAACUGUACCGUGACGGUCCAUUUACCUGUGUAACUUACAAAAUAAAUAUGUGUAUUAUUA